AUGAGGUAUUUGGAAAGCAUGCCGCUUACUAGCGGAGUGAGGGUUGGCGAGCACAUACUGAUAGGCGGCGGAGGCGGAAAUCCGAUUUUUGGCUUCCCCAACAGAAUGUCUCUUUUGGACAGCGACUUUAAUGUUGUGUGCGAGAAGAGCGUGAAGGAGGUAAUUGUGUCGAUUCGGGUGCACUGCGGCGCGUAUGCUAUUGUGGAGUACCCCAGCUCGCACGACCUUUUCACGGUGGAAAGCGGGCAGAUAAAAGGGCCAGUGCCUCUUCCCGCGGGGAUAGUCUCUCCUGUGAUUGUGGGGGAGUUUCUGUACUAUGUUCGAGACGGGAGGGUUUUAAAGGCAAGUGUGCGGGGGCUGGUGCAGGCGUGCGAGUCCUCCGAGAGCCAUGUUUCUGCAAGCCGGUCAAACAGCGACGACGGCGCGGAGGUGCAGGGAGGCUCCGACGCGGAAACUCUCUCGCGGGCAUCGGACUCUGCAGUGCAGCAGCCAGCGAAAGAUCAAGGCAGCGAUCUUUCUGCGAGUCUUUCCGGGGAGGGUGCCGGCGAAAAGAAGAGCUAUGUGGACGCGCAUAGCGAGCCGGUUGAGCUUGCUUCUGGCGUGAGUGUUCGGUCUCUGUACACGGACGGGGACUCGCUUCUGUAUCGGACGUGCAAAAACGACGUUCCGCUUCUGCACACGGAGAGCGGCCGGGCUGUGAUGCUGGAUGGGGCUGUGAGCAGCUACAGCAUGAACAAGUCUUUUGCGCAUAUUAUUCAGCUUGGCGGCGAUGAGUCGCUGGUCACGAUGACGCACAAGGGAAGCACGUGGAGUGUGCUGGAGCCCAUGUGUGUGACGGUGCACUCGACGGGAGACGGGUCUUUCUACGUGGGCACUGGGCUGGGCGAUGUUAUUUCGUACAAGUGCGGGCGAGAGAUGUGGCGCAAGCGAAUUUUCAAGUCUCCUGUUUCGAGCAUUUCCAGCCAAAAGGGGGCUCUCUUCUGCACGUGCAUAAACGGGCUUCUUUCGCGGGUUUCGCGGGAGGGCGCUGCUCGGCAAAUUUUAAAGAGCGGGCUGUUCUAUGUCGGGGUUUCUGCGUGUGUGGGGGCUGCCGGGUACUAUGCACGGGCGCAGGCGCAGAGCCUCCUUUCGCAGGCCUCUCUCUAUGCGCAGGCGCUUUUCAGCGGGUAA